UUAUCUUGCAUAUGACACUGUGUGGAAGAAAGGCUGGAGGAAGAGCCAGAGAGAGAGGGGGAUUAUCUGUGAGCUGCAUCCGAUCCUCUGCACCCUGACACGGGAGAGCCUCGCUUAUCUCCCCCCUUCAUCCCCAUCUUCCAGGGACGAGUUCUCCACUGUCUCUUCUUUUGUCUCUGGAUCCCACGGACUGACUCAUCACUCUUAUCUCUCUUCUUUUUUUGUUGUAUUAUCACAUUUGUCUCGUGCAGGAGCAUUCACCCUGCCUGACUUGUGACCCCCCAUGCUGCAAGUUUCCAUGCUGACAGAGUCCAGAUAGAUUAUUUUAUUUCGGAGAGUCUGAAGGUGCAUCUGUUGAACAUCUGAUGGUUGUUUCGGUGGAAUAUGACUUAAUUUGGAGUUGAAGCUCCGCCAAAGCGCGCUUUUUAAGUUCGUUUCCAGAAGAGUUUUGCUUCCAAAUUAUUUGUCAAGUUUCUCACGGAGGAGUGACAGCCAACAGAGAAUAAAGAUGAUGCUCAGUCCGGACCAGACGGAGGCCGACCUCUCCUGGACUCAGUCCGACCCGGAGUCCAUCCUCAACGGCCUCAAGUCCACCGGCUGCACCUCGGACGAGCCCUGCACGGAGGGCGAGGACCGGCCCAGAUGCAGAUCUGACCAGCCCCUGAGCCGGGAGGAGAAGAGGAGGCGGAGGAGGGCCACGGCCAAGUACCGCUCGGCCCACGCUACCAGAGAGCGGAUCCGGGUGGAGGCGUUCAACGUGGCCUUCGCCGAGCUGAGGAAAUUACUCCCCACCUUGCCCCCGGACAAAAAACUCUCCAAGAUCGAAAUACUCAGACUGGCUAUAUGCUACAUCUCCUAUCUCAAUCACGUGCUGGAUGUUUAAAAGUGACCCCCACCCCCCCAUGAAACAGACAUGCUUUGGUUUGGGCUGAAGACUCAAGCGCGUAAAUGCUGUGCGUCAGUUGGGUAUGGCAAGGUUGGCUGAGGAGGGGGACGGAUACGCGAUAUUUUCGUAGCCUUUCAUUUAGUGCAGAGAUGACCUGGAGAAAAUGUGUUUAAAAAAACAGAAUAACGUUAAAUGAUUGGAGGUUAAGGACAAUAUUUGUGUGCUACAAUAUGAGUGAAAUGCAGGGACUCAAAUUCAAUAUUUAGGUUUUAAUUACAACAGAAUCAGCUCACUUAAAAUACAAAUCUAUGAAAUAUUCCCCUC